AAUAAAGUUUUUCUCGUCAAAUAAAAAUUCGGACCUGCUCUCGUCUCUCUUCACACAUCCCUGCCGCCAUUUGAAACCCUAAAUUAACUUACUCGUGAGGUUGAGUUGUCUGCUCUCUGCCUCUUCAUCGCUCUGCUAUAUUUGAUUCUGUUUUGGAUUCUACCGCUAUUUGAAACCCUAGGCGAAGCCAUUAGAAUGGGCGGAAAAAGAAAGACGAACGAAAACGAAGGGAUGGAAGGAGAGGAGGAUAGCAAACACAACAUUAAAAAGAUGAAGAAUGAGAAGAGUGAGAUACUUCCUUCCUCCAUUAAAAACAAGGAGAAGAGAUCUGCUGUACACGCCAAACUCAAGCACCAAAAGAAGCUCGACAAACGCAAGAAGCUUAAAGCUCGCGACGCCGCCGCUAAACGCGCUCUCGAGCUAGGAGAAGAGCCUCCACCGAAGCAAAUUCCUCGCACUAUUGAAAAUACGAGAGAGGCUGACGAGACAGUUUGCAUGCCUGAUGAUGAAGAGCUGUUUGCUGGUAAUGACGCUGAUGAGUUCAGUGCGGUUCUAAAGCAAGAUCGUACCCCGAAGAUUUUAAUCACAACUUGCCGUUUCAAUUCCACUAGGGGACCGGCUUUUAUCACAGAAUUGCUUUCGGUGAUCCCAAAUUCUCAUUACCAUAAAAGAGGAACAUAUGACUUGAAAAAGAUUGUGGAAUAUGCAAAUAACAAAGAAUUCACUUCUAUUAUAGUAGUUCACACCAACAGAAGAGAACCAGACGCUCUUCUAAUUAUUGGAUUGCCUGAUGGCCCUACUGCACACUUCAAGCUUUCCAGUUUGGUUUUGAGGAAGGACAUUAAGAAUCAUGGAAAUCCUACCAGUCAUGAGCCUGAGCUAGUAUUAAAUAACUUCACAACACGCCUGGGCCAUCGCAUUGGCAGGCUGAUUCAGUCACUUUUUCCCCAAUCUCCUAAUUUUCGAGGUCGGCGAGUUGUAACCUUCCACAAUCAACGAGAUUUUAUAUUCUUCCGACAUCAUAGGUAUAUAUUUGAAACCAAGGAGAUCAAACAGAGUGAGUCAAAAGGUAAAAAGGCAAAGGAUACCAAGGGUGAGAGCAUUAGUAAAGAAAAAGUAAUAGCUCGUCUUCAGGAGUGUGGUCCUCGGUUUACACUAAAGUUGGUAAGUCUACAGCAUGGAACAUUCGAUACAAAAGGCGGAGAAUUUGAGUGGGUUCACAAGCCUGAAAUGGACACUAGCCGAAGGAGGUUUUUCUUGUAAUCUCGAUUCUUGCAUUCAUUGUGUGGAAUGCAACAAUUUUCCAUUGAAGAGGGAGGGUAUCCGCAGUAAGGAAAUGAAAUCAAUAUUGAAACAUUCUUCCUUUGCUUUAUAUAUAUGAUCAGUUUUGGCACUCAUAAUCACGGUGAUCUUAUCCUUGUUCCCAAUGCCCGUUUUAUGCUUCACUAAGUUAUGUUUGUUUGCGUUCCAUCACAAAUAACGGAUAAUUGAUCAAAUUGAAUCGAAUUUUAUUUUUUUAUUUAA